AUCAACAAUAAUAAACACAAAACAAUAAAAAAAAUCCAGGGCCGCCCACCAGGGGCCCCAUUUACCCAAUAACAACAGUGCUUUGAAACCAGAGCACUAAAGCAGACAAACUCACCCCCUGUUUGAUUCCAUAUCGGGAUCGUUCAAUUCUGCCAGCUAGCUAAGGAAUCUAUCUUGAAUCUAAGAUAGACUUAGAUACUACUUCGAUGCUGGCAGUUGCCAAAAUCUAGUAAGAAAACCCAGAUAGAUUCCGUUGAUAAUUGGGUUGUUUGUUAGAUCAGAUGGGUUUUGCUGGGGAGUCAGAUGGAGCAAAUUCAGGGUUUAGAUGUCUGGUGAGAAGGAAAAGGGUUGAUUCUAUUCAUUCCAAGUCUUCAGAUACAGGGGGGCAUCAUCAAUUGGCUAAGGAGUUAUCGGUUCUUCAUCUCAUUGCCAUAGGUGUCGGUUCAACAAUUGGAGCUGGGGUCUACAUUCUUGUGGGCACUGUAGCGCGAGAACAUUCUGGUCCUGCUCUAGCCUUUUCUUUCCUAAUAGCUGGAAUAGCAGCUGCUCUUUCUGCCUUUUGUUAUGCUGAGCUGGCAAGUCGUUGUCCUUCAGCUGGAAGCGCGUAUCACUAUUCCUACAUCUGUGUUGGCGAAGGUCUUGCUUGGAUAAUCGGUUGGGCUUUAAUUUUGGAAUAUACAAUUGGUGGAUCUGCAGUUGCCCGUGGCAUUUCUCCUAAUCUGGCGUUGCUCUUUGGAGGGCCAGAUAGCCUUCCAGCCUUUUUGGCUCGACAUUAUGUUCCUGGGCUUGGUAUAGUGGUCGACCCGUGUGCAGCCAUGUUGGUGUUUGUUGUUACAGGGCUGUUAUGUGCCGGAAUCAAGGAGAGCACUUUUGUGCAAUCGAUUGUGACAACUGCAAACAUAUGUGCCAUGAUUUUUGUGAUCAUAGCCGGUGGAUAUCUAGGGUUUAAGAGUGGAUGGGUUGGCUAUAAACUCUCUUCUGGAUACUUCCCAUUUGGAGUAGAUGGGAUGCUUGCAGGUGCUUCUACUGUCUUUUUCUCAUACAUCGGGUUUGAUUCAGUUGCCAGUACAGCAGAAGAGGUGAAAAAUCCUCAAAGAGAUUUACCUUUAGGAAUCGGGUCUGCAUUAUCCAUUUGCUGUACGUUAUAUAUGUUGGUCUCUGCUGUUAUCGUUGGUUUAGUACCUUAUUAUGAAAUGGAUCCUGACACCCCUAUCUCUUCUGCAUUUGCAAGCCAUGGUAUUCAAUGGGCCGCGUAUGUUAUAACUAUAGGAGCUGUAACUGCUCUCUGCUCGACAUUGAUGGGUUCAAUUUUGCCUCAGCCACGAAUCCUGAUGGCAAUGGCUAGAGACGGUUUGCUCCCAUCGUUCUUUUCAGAAGUAAAUACGCGUACCCAAGUUCCCGUUAAGAGCACAAUUCUUACGGGUUUGGUUGCUGCCACCCUGGCGUUUUGCAUGGAUGUUGAGCAGUUGGCAGGGAUGGUUAGUGUAGGUACCCUUCUUGCAUUCACAAUGGUGGCAAUUUCAGUCCUGAUACUUCGGUAUGUCCCACCAGAUGAGGUCCCACUUCCAUCUUCACUUCAGGCAGCCAUAGAUUCGGUUUCGUUACGUUACAGCAAUAUUAUUAGAACCGACGAAACUGACGUUGAGGUCAGCUAUGGUCGAACCGGUGUUUCUGGGGAGAAAAAUAACAUUCGACCCCAAAAGGGAGAGAUAUCAGCUGAAUAUCCUCUAAUUGCUAAAGUAGCAGCCGAAGCUUUAUUUAAUGAAAAAAAGAGAAGAAAAAUAGCAGGGUGGACAAUAAUGUUUACUUGCGUUGGAGCGUUGACUCUUACAUAUUCAGCCUCAAAUCUUGGUAUUCCUAGUUAUCUUCGGUUGACCGUAUGUGGAAUUGGUGGACUCCUGUUGUUAUUCGGUUUAAGUGUGCUCACUUUUAUCGAGCAGGAUGAUGCAAGGCACAACUUUGGGCACACAGGCGGUUUCAUAUGCCCAUUUGUUCCUCUCCUGCCCAUACUUUCAAUUCUUAUCAAUAUGUAUUUGCUUCUGAAUCUCGGGGCGGAUACUUGGAUGCGAGUAUCAAUAUGGCUGUUGAUCGGAGUAUUUGUGUAUGUGAUCUAUGGGCGGACCCACAGCUCGUUACAACAUGCGGUUUAUGUGCCUGCAUCACAUGUCGAUGAAAUUUACCAAAGCAGUGUAGAAUAAUUGCCUUCAGAUUAAGAGGAUAAGAGAUCAAACUUAGGUUGUUUGACAUGCAACGGUGUUGGCUACCUUGUGGUUUAAGCAAUGUGUAUUUAUUCGAUGUAAAUAUAUUUAUGUGUGCUUAUCAAUAUUGUUAAGGUUUGUGGAAUCCUGACGUAUCGACUGCUAUUUAUUGUAUUAUCAGGGUCUCUGGACGGAGUCACGUAAAGAAAUAUAUGAUAUCGUAUUUAAAUGUUUCA